AUGAGCCUCCUCCGAACUCAGGCUUCUCGCUUCGUCGUCAGGCCGCUGGCCACCAACAAGGUGGUUGCCGCCGCUCCCGCUGCUGCCCGCACCUUUGUUACUCGCCCUUCCACCAACCCUGCCUCCACCCUCGCAGGCCGUGCUCGAGUAUGCGCUGCUCCCCUUCCCCGCAUCGCCAUCGCCUCGCAGGUGCGAACUUAUGCUGCUGAGUCGGGCAAGUUCGAACGUACCAAGCCGCACAUGAACAUCGGUACCAUUGGCCACGUCGAUCACGGAAAGACUACUCUCACCGCCGCCAUCACAAAGACCCUCCACGAGGCUCAGGGCACCGGCAAAUUCAUCGACUAUGCCUCCAUUGACAAGGCGCCUGAAGAGCGCGCUCGUGGUAUUACCAUCUCCACCGCCCACGUCGAGUACGAGACGGGCAACCGCCACUACGCCCACGUCGACUGCCCCGGUCACGCCGAUUACAUUCGUAACAUGAUUACCGGUGCCGCUCAGAUGGACGGUGCCAUCAUCGUCGUCUCGGCCCCCGAUGGCCAGAUGCCUCAAACGCGUGAGCAUCUUUUGCUCGCCAAGCAAGUCGGUAUCAAGAAGCUUGUCGUCUUCAUCAACAAGGUCGACCAGAUCGACGACCCAGAGAUGCUCGAGCUUGUCGAGAUGGAGAUGCGCGAUCUUCUCUCCACCUACGGCUUUGACGGCGAAAACACUCCCUUCGUCUCUGGCUCAGCCCUUGCGGCCCUUGAGAGCCGUGACCCCGAAGUCGGCCAACAGGCUAUCCUUAAGCUCAUGGAAGAGACCGACAAGUGGCUCGACCUUCCCCCUCGUGAUCUCGAGAAGCCUUUCCUCAUGCCCGUCGAGGACGUCUUCUCUAUCCCCGGUCGUGGCACUGUCGUCACCGGUCGUGUUGAGCGUGGUACCAUCCAGAAGGGUGCCGAAGUUGAGAUCCUCGGUCUCGGCAACACCUUCAAGACCACCCUUACUGGUAUCGAAAUGUUCCACAAGCAGCUCGACCAGGGUAUGGCCGGUGACAACAUGGGUGCCUUGCUGCGUGGUGUCAAGCGAGAGCAGGUCAAGCGUGGUCAGGUCAUGGUCAUCCCAGGCUCUAUCAAGCCUGUCAAGAAGUUCCGUGCUCAGGUCUACAUUCUCAAGAAGGAGGAGGGCGGUCGAUACACCCCCUUCAUGAACAACUACCGACCUCAGCUCUUUAUCCGAACCGCCGAUGUCACUGUUUCGCUCACUCACCCUCCCGGAACCGAGGACGCCGACGAGAAGAUGGUCAUGCCCGGUGACAAUGUCGAGCUCGACGGUGAGCUCGUUCACGACAUUGCCCUUGAGGAGGGUUCGCGAUUCACCCUCCGUGAAGGUGGUAAGACCGUCGGUACCGGUAUCGUGACCAAGAUUCACGCCUAA